AUGUCCAUUACCUACCCUCACUCACCCCUUUUAUGUCCGAUCCGGAUCAUAAUGCUCACCACUCUCACCAAACUCUCACCAUCUACAGUAUCUCCCUCAACAACCAAAAUGGCCACCCGUCUCCUCCUCAACCGCACCCUCCGCCCAGCCCUCAGCCUCGGCCUCACAACCUCCCUCCUCGCAAUCCACAACCAAAGACCAAUGCGCAUGGAUGCCAUCCCUUCGUCUAACAAAUCCUUCUCAACCACCCGUCCCGAGAGAAAAGACCGGCUAGACCCAGAAAUCAUCAAACAGCUUUCUGGCGGUAGUCUCUCAGGCUUCGCCGUCGGCCUCCUAGUCUCCGUCUUCUCCAAAACCCUCGUCCUCCUGGCAGGAAUAGGUAUGCUCACCAUCCAAGUAAUCGCCUCUCGCUCCGGACUCGACCUGGUCAAGUACCUCCGCCUCCGUGAGCGUUUCCAGGGUUCCCGCAUCCUAGCGGCCCUCAACCAACACACUGCCUUCAAGCUCUCCUUUGCCAUUGCCUUUGCCAUGUCGGCCUUCAUGUCCUUUUAA